AUGGAGUCCCCCACCGCCUUCUCGGGCUUCCCGAUCCUGCCCUCGGUCGCGCCGUCGGGGCCGCCGCCGUCGCCGCUCGCCGGAGCCGAGCCCGGGCUGGAGCCCCAGGAGGGGGCCGCGGGCCGCGGGGAGCCGGGGCCCUCACCCGGCCAGGGGCGACGACGGCGGCGGCCCCUGCAGCGCGGGAAGCCGCCCUACUCGUACAUCGCGCUCAUCGCCAUGGCCCUGGCGCACGCCCCCGGCCGCCGCCUCACUCUGGCCGCCAUCUACCGCUUCAUCACCGAGCGCUUCGCCUUCUACCGCGACAGCCCGCGCAAGUGGCAGAACAGCAUCCGCCACAACCUCACGCUCAACGACUGCUUCGUCAAGGUGCCCCGCGAGCCCGGCAACCCGGGCAAGGGCAACUACUGGACGCUGGACCCGGCGGCCGCCGACAUGUUCGACAACGGCAGCUUCCUGCGGCGCCGCAAGCGCUUCAAGCGCGCGGAGCCGCCCGCGCCCCAGCCCGACCCGCCGGGGCCCGCCCCGAGCGCGCCGCCCGGGCCCUACGCGCCCUUCCCGCCGGGCCCCGGGCUGCUCGCGCCGCUCCCGCUCGCCCCCGGGCCCGCGCCGCCCGCGCGCCUCUUCAGCGUCGACGGCGUGGUGAGCCUGCCGCCCGAGCUGGCGGGGCUGGCGGCCCCCGAGCCGCCCUGCUGCGCCGCCGCCUUCCCGCUCCGCGCGGCCGCCGCCUCGCCGCCGCUCUACGAGCCAGCGCCCGACCGCCCGGGGCUGCCCGCGGGCGCCCCCGGCCCCGGCCCCGGCCCGCUUCCCGCCGAGCCCCUGCUGGCCUUGGGGGUGCCGCUGGGCGCGCUCGGCCCGCUCGGCCCGGGCGAGGCCUACCUGAUGCAGCCCGGCUACACGCCCGGGCUGGAGCGCUACUUGUGA